AAGGGUAAGAGAGGUGGUAAAUUUUCCACAGGAUGAGGCCACCUCAGCAGCAACCCAAUCCACAUGUGAGGCCCUGCUUUGUCAAAUAGAAAACAACUUGUAACAGUGAAACCAGAACACAAAAGAACAUGCUGGUGCAGUGUGUUAAGAGCUCCAUUAUUAUCCCAUCCUCUGAGCUCUCAUCUCUCCUCCUCUUGAGGAGAAGAGGGAGGAGGGAGUUGCAACAGCCCACAUGGGCAAAGAGACCAAAUAGUGCAGGUGCAGGUGAAGGUGAAGCUGCAGGUGCAGGUGCAGGUGCAGGUGAAGGUGAUGGAGAGAAACCCACCUCCUCUCUUAGGGUUUCCAAGGCCUUCCUUGCUAGGUGUGCUGUUGCUGUUUCUGGCCUUGGGUUUCUUGAUGCUGGGUACAGUGGAGACUGGUCCCGAAUUGGUGUCAUUUCAAAAGAGGACGAAGAAUUGUUGAGGUUCGCUGCAUUCCUGAUAAUCCCAUUGUGCAUAGUUCUGAUAUUUUCAAUUUCUGAAGAAAAUAAUACUCCGUAAUUGAAAUAGCUUGUUAUGUAUCGUAAAAAUCUAUGCAUCCCUACCAAUUUCUUUCAUCGAAAUUCUCUGGAAAGCUUUUUCCUUGCUGAAGUUAAAAGCAGAACUGUGAACCUUUUAGUUAGCCAAUUAUGUCAUUUUUAAUUCUCUAAUAAAGAAGUUGUUAUAGUA